CCCUAAUAGAGGAUAUAAAACUAGCCACUCAGUAAAAGUGCAUGCAAUUUGGUAAAAGCUUUUUGUUUUUUGAUAACCAGCUAGCGCAGUCUCUAUAUUGUUAAACACGCUACAAGACAUGGACCCACGACUAUCUCCUCCAGGUGGCCCUGUAUCAGGUGGAGAAAUGAUCAUUUUUGAAGGACAUUUGGAGAAAAUAUCUGACAUUUUAUCGAAAUGGGAGAGAAGAUACUUUGUGCUAUCAAGGACUAACCUAUUUGACCCUUCCUCCAUUGAGCUCGCUUACUACAAGGACUCAGAAAAAAAGACGAAACAAAAGAAGACAAUUGAUUUGCAGUUGGUAGUCAACGUUAGCCCCGUGCAGAAGUCUGGAAACAAAGAGAAUGUGUUUGCACUCGACAUGAAAGGGAAACAUGUUCUUCUGAAAGCCUCCAACAUCCUGGUACAGAACGUGUGGCUGGCCAAACUGCUGGAGUGUUGCUCUAAAGAUCACCUGACCUAUCAUGUGACUAUUCCGGCCCAGCCAAUGUGCAGCUAUUUCGAAGGUCUCGUAAAACUAUCAACUCCAGCACAAGUUAAAAUCGUCUCUCCAGUCAACGGUGCAAAACUAGUCAGUAUCGAUUUCAACACUAUUCGACGAUUUGGCUGCGAGGUCCUAGUCGACUAUGAUAUAGUCUGGUUUGAAACCUGCGGCUGCAAAGGCGGUGCCAUUGAACAGUUCUUCUGGUUUGCCGUGCCCUCUGGUAUAGAAGCUGCUCAUGUCAUUGUCCACGAUAUUAAGAAGAGUGUGGAGCUCACAGUGCGUUCGUUCCUUAUACAAGAAGAGGGGAACAAGGAUCCUUGUCAGACCAUCUAUAUAUCCCGACCACACUACGGCUGCAACGAGUAUCCAGCCUCGAUGAGACAGAGAAUAAUGCAGAGUAGCCUCAUGUCCCUAGCUACUUCACCAAGAUGUGAGACGGCCUCUCUUAUAAACAGAAUCGAUCGUACUAGACGUUCUAGCGGUGCUAUCGGUUUCAGCGAAGCACCGACUCCAGGUGGAGAUUCGCGGAGGACAUCUGUUGAAUGCGUCCAUAGGCAAACAUUAGGUCCUGCAAAUGUCCAGGGAGUAGGGAAUGUGUCCCCCCGGAUAACCCCUCGUAAUUCACCCUCCCCCUCGCACCCCGGCCGAACCACUCCCCUCAGUCAACUCAAAUAUGGCGCAGAUCUGAACAAAUCUGCCAGUCAAAGAGACUUUGAUUCUGGUGUGAAUAUGGAAGGUGGUGGUUUCGAUCAAUCUCGUCACUCUGCUCCCAGCACUUACAACGUAAUGGAUGCGCCAUCUCAAGAAAAAAAAUUGACUCUCGGCAAUAUGGGAAAACGAAUGAGCCUGGACGAAGUGAAAUCUCGGCCUCAAUUUCUGAAACAGCGAAAAGUUGGUACUGCCGGAGGUGGACGUAAAUUAUCUGAUUUCAGUACACCACCGAAUACCACAGGAUUACGGAAAUUAUCUCAAAGCCGUGACUCUGCUAACGGUAGUGUAGGAGACCUCCUUGAAGAUCACAAAGGAUAUAAUCAUCUCUUGGAGUCUGAUGAGGACAGAUACAAUCAUUUGGCACCACCACGAGACACAAGUGUAUACGAUUCAAAGAGCUUACCAGGUCGCUCCAAGAAGAAUGGCGGACAACGCUCGAGUCCAUACGACCACUUGAGUGAUUCGUACAGCGGCAUGUCUCUCAAGGACUCUAUGGGUAGAGACAAGAAACCAAACCCUGCGUAUGUCAUGUGAUCUAUACUUGAAUUGUGUGUUACUUUUUGUGUUCAAUAAUUAAGCCGGGAAAAUUAUUUCGUUGCAUCCAUUUAAUUUGUCAUAGUUUCACCGUUACUGCACUGCACUGCACUGCACUGCUGUGUGUGAUCAUCCCCAUAUGCAUGACUUUAUCUCACCAUGUAAUUACCUAUCAAUAUUUUUGUGCCAUUGAUCUUAAAAUUCAUUAUCA